AUGAAGUCUUUUGUUGGAAUCCAAGCAGCACUCCUCGUACUUGCAGUCCAGAAUACUUCCGCUGCUCCUCGUCUCCCUCCAGAAGAUGCACGGCGGUUCGAUACCACUGGACUCUCAUCGUUUGAAGCCAUUGUUGCUGGUACGCUGUACACAGACGCAGCUAACUUGGAAGUACCAAAUGGAAGCGCAGAAAAACGUUUUACUUCCGAGGUCGCUGUCAACCCAUACUACAAAGGUAAAGGAAUUACUAUUGAUCUCCCUGCGGGUUGCCCUGCCCCGGAUGCUUCUUGGUGGAAAGAAGAAGAAUCAAGAGAAGAAGAUGAGAAGAAGCAAUCGGCCGAGACGGUAAAUCCGCUUAAGGAAUUUCUCGAUGUUAUAGAAGCACCAUUUGAAGCUGUGGAAGACACAGUAAAGACGUUUGUGCAGGGGAUUAUAGACUUGGCCAAGGGCAACACCUGUGAAGGAGUGUCGGAGACGUUACUGCCGGUAGUGCAUGCAAUGGUCAAAGAAUUCACUAAGGUAUCAGAUGAGACUGGCUUCAAAUCUGUUCUCAAUGAAAUAGUUGCAAAAGCAGAGGGUUGGGCAUACGAGCAUCUGGUGCCCAAAUCCAUAAGGGCAUCCCUGCAGACUUGUGCCGAUGACGGUAUCAGGCAUCCGGGUAACAAUCCCCUUGGAUUUUUAUUGGCACUGGGCAUCGACACUAUAGAGCACCCAACCAUUCUCGAUAUUCUGUUAGCAAUUCCAGGAGUGGGAGAGUUUGCAGAAUCUAUCAAAUUCGCUGAGGAAGCAGUUAAAGGGGCGGAAGAAGCAGCUAUAGUUGCAGAUCAGGUUCGCAAUGUGGCUGGAAGCGCUGGAGCUGCGUCCAAGCUUGAAGAUAUAGCCAAGCUUGCAGACAAAGUCGAUGCUGCCGCAGAUGCCGCAGAUGCCACAGCAGAAUCAGCCAAAGGCACCGAGCAGGAAGCCAAAGCCUUGGAACAAGCUAUUAAAGCCGAUGAAGCGUCUAAGGCCGCAGACAAAGCAUUCUAUGACGCAGAGGAGGGAGCUAAGAAGCUUUGCCCGCGUGGAGGCUUUCCACAUCGCUUUUCCAAUUUCGAAAAAAUCGACUUUGAAAUACCAAACCCUGGUGAAUUCGACACUAAAGCUCUUCAGGAAUUCCCUCUGACUAACCCUGUAUUCAACAACGGCAUGGAACCUGGAAUCUAUCGCACGGUAUUUGCAAAACGAAUUGCAACUGAUGACUGGGAACCUAUUGGAAUUAUGAGACAUAAGGUGGGCGGAAACACUGGAGAAUUCCUGAGAGUAGGUACUUUUAAAGAUGUCGAAAAGGGUGUCAGCCGCACGAAGGCUGUCACGAAGCCUGAAUAG